GAAAGGCGAGAGGGCAGGUGACAAAGCUGAAGACCGAAGCUCUGUGGUGCACAACACUUCACUUCACCGGGUGUUCAACAGCGAUCAUCGGAUAGCGCACCUCUCCGUCCUUCACCUCCACCACCAACUUUCCUCCGCACUUGAGCUGGACGUAACACCAUUGCACUAGAUUUUUUUGGUGGGAGAUCCUAGCUGUCAUUCGUUUCUUUUCUAUCUCAAACGUGGAUAUUGGAAAGGUAUUUCUUUUUAAAGGUCCUACAAACUUCUACAUACAGUCCACCCAGAAUCUGGACGAUCCGGGGAGAGUUCUUGAUGUCCUACUCAGAAUGGAGGUUGGAAUAGCUGCUUCAUGUUUGGCACGAAGAUACCCGUAUGGAUGUUUCAGCAGGUAGAGCGCAUUGAAUACUGAGUCCCUAGCACUUGGAUGUAUUUUGUCCACCAUUAUUGGUUUCACUGCGUUCGGUUCUGUCACUCUGAUAUCGGGAGGCUCGCUCACUACCUGACAAUUUUAAAGAACAGACAAAAGUUGUUUAAUAGUACCGCUAACAGUGCAUCACUGCCGACAACCCUUUAUGUCCAUUGUGAAUAUUUUAUUUGCAUUAAGCAUUUCCAUAGCAUCACGCCCACGGUUUGUGAGAGUCACUAAUUAUUUCGAUUGCUUUUGGACAUUGUAAAUAGCCUGCCCCUCCACACUCUCUUCUCACUCCGUCUCAUGUCAGCUUACCCACACCAAGAAAGGCAAGACGACGACAGACGCUUGGUAACCUCUACCUCCUAGGAACGGGGUCUUUCCUAUACGUUUCCUCUUCGUCGCGCCUUGGAUUGCAUUUUAAGGGGAAUAGCCACACGCAUUUGGAAAUCUUUAACUUUUGCUGCAGCAUUGGAAUUUACUGUUUGAUAGCCAUCUCUGGAAAGAGUGGAUUACUGCCUCACAGAAACGCACAGUUCUCCUGCACUGCUCCCUCCCCCAGCUUAGUUCCAGGAUGCUGUCCCGGACCCGGCGUGGCGUGGCGCUGUCGGCCCUGACCGGCUCCAUGGACACCAGGCACUGCGUGGUGGCCCUCACCUUCAUCGCCUUCUUCAUGCAGGUGGUGGUGGAGGCCAGCUCCUGGUGGUCACUGGCCAUGAACCCGCUGCUGAUCCCCGAGGCGUACAUCAUCGGCGCCCAGCCGCUCUGCAGUCAGCUGACCGGCCUGUCCAAGGGCCAGAAGAAGCUGUGCCAGCUCUACCAGGACCACAUGCAGUAUAUCGGCGAGGGCGCCAAGACGGGCAUCCGCGAGUGCCAGUUCCAGUUCCGCCACCGCCGCUGGAACUGCAGCACCGUCGACAACUCGUCGGUGUUCGGCCGCGUCAUGCAGAUAGGUAGCCGGGAGACAGCGUUCACGUACGCCAUCAGCGCGGCGGGGGUGGUGAACGCGGUGAGCCGGGCGUGCCGCGAGGGCGAGCUGUCCAGCUGUGGCUGCAGCCGGGCGGCCAGGCCCAAGGAGCUGCCCCGCGACUGGCUGUGGGGCGGCUGCGGCGACAACCUCAACUACGGCUACCGCUUCUCCAAGGAGUUUGUGGACGCGCGCGAGCGUGAGAAGACCUACUCCAAGGGCUCCAUCGAGAGCGCCCGCAUCCUGAUGAACAUCCACAACAACGAGGCCGGACGCAUGGCGGUGUCGGACCUGGCGCACGUCUCCUGCAAGUGCCACGGCGUGUCGGGCUCCUGCUCGCUGAAGACGUGCUGGCUGCAGCUGGCCGACUUCCGCAAGGUGGGCGACCUGCUGAAGGAGAAGUACGACAGCGCCGCCGCCAUGAAGCUCAACACGCGCGGCAAGCUGGUGCAGAUGAACAACAAGUUCAACGCGCCCACGGCCCAGGACCUGCUGUACAUCGACCCCAGCCCGGACUACUGCAUGGGCAACAAGACCACCGGCUCGCUGGGCACGACGGGACGCCUCUGCAACAAGACCUCGGAGGGGAUGGACGGCUGCGCGCUCAUGUGCUGCGGCCGGGGCUACGACCAGUUCAAGGCCACGCUGGUGGAGCGGUGCCACUGCAAGUUCCACUGGUGCUGCUACGUGAAAUGCAAGCGCUGCUCCCGCGUGGUGGAUCAGUUUGUCUGCAAGUAACGGCAAACGCAGCAACACAACAACAACAACAACGACAUGUACUGGUGCUCUCUCUCGCUCUCACUGCCUCCCUCCCUCCCAUCGCUCACAUGCUCCAAAGCCACGUGUGUUUGUCGUGCGCGUUCCGUGCACUUAUAUAAACACACACACACACACGACGACAAUGAUGAUGAGCAUGAGCGAAUGAACGAGAGAGAGCGGGAUUGACAGUGUGUUGAGACGGAGAAUGACUGAGACUAUGGGGAGAGAUGGACAGAAAGAAGAAGAAGAAGAAAAAAGAGUGGAAUGGGGAUAGGAGGAGGAAAUAACAAAAAAAACACGUAGCGGAGAGAUAAAAAAAAAUAACUAUAUAAAUUAUAUUUAUAGAUUUAAACAAUUAUAUCAUUUUUCAAAAAGACUGACAGUUUGUUUUUUUAUUCCUUUCUAAGUAAUAGGUACAAGAUCUAAGUGUCUUCCAAAAAAGAAAACUGGGAGUAUCAUUGAAUAUUUAUUUUCUCAGAUUUGUUUUUUUCCAUUCUCUUCUGGCUCUCCGAAGUGGAGUUUAAAAACACACUAGUGCAUAUAUAGAAUUGACCAGGCUGUUUUCAAAUGUGCCUUCCAGUUAGCCUUUCCAGGAGUCGAGUGGCUCCAUCUCCUCGAGUAAUGAGAGCCUGCACAUGUAGUAGAAAGAGACGGAGAGGGGGAGAGAAAUGGAGUGAGAGAAGGAGAAUGCGAGAGAGAGAGAGAGAGGGAGAAAGAGAGAGACAGCCCACUUGCGUCCCAUGGUGCUCAUCAGUAUACGGGACAAGCCCUGGUUCCAUGCCAGUUUCCAGCAGCUCCCAGUGCACGCAGACACCGGAGGCCGAUCUGCAAACACACACACACACACACACACACACACACACACACACACACACACACACACACACACACACACACACACACAACCUCUAUUACCCAAGCCUUGGUGAUUCCUCAGACUUGCCUUUCAGUGCCUCCUCUUCCUCCACCUCCACCUCCACUUCCUCUUGUGCCUUUUAGCCCAUUGAGGAGACCUUGAGCUUGUCAGCCAAACAAGCUGGGCUUCAGACCGCUUCAGCUAGAUCACUGCAAAUGGUAUGGAUCAGUCAUGUUACGACACUGGACAGUAGACGAAAGCCUUGUUUGCCUUACGUACAAGUGAAAAAUAUGCACACUCUCUUUGUUUGAAAUACUGUAAGUACUCCGAAAUUUUCCUAACGCUAUCGUCCAAGACAAGCAAUCCCCCCCCUCCCUCUUGCCGAUUCUCCUUUGAGGACAGUUUUAUGCCAUACAUUGUAUGCAAAUCACUGAGAAAAAAAUAGAUUUCUGGCUAUGAGAUCAACCAUUUGAUUUUUAGCCAAGGAGUUUAGCUGUAAGCAACUGGACUCCCUCUUAGAGAUUAAGAGUCUGUUCGUUCCUCAAAGGAGGCAUCCUCAGUUUCUGCCGUACGUAAGGGGUGUCAGAGCUCUGGAGAUGACACCUCUCGCCACGUGAACAUGUUGAGUCGUGUUAUGUCAAGGUAUGAAUGAGAGCCGUUUGUGAUUGCACUUCUGUAGAGAGACUAUGGCUACUCUGGUAUUUAUGAGCAGUUAAAUUUCCUAUGAUGUGAUGUCAAGGCUGAGUGGUAUCUGGCAGAUAUUUGAUGCCACAGUUGCAAGAAUUUGUCCAGUUGCUUACAACUAACCCGUUGGUUGAAUCCUCAGACACAUUGAUACUUUUUUUAAGAUUUUUAUUUUUUAAAUGUAAAAAUAACCAAAAAAAUGCCCACAGAUGUUCUUUUUCCAGCAAAGGUUUUAAGUACAUUAUGCACUUUCAGAUAUUCGAGAUUCCAUCCGCUCUGUAGACCUUUUUCCAAGUUGAUCAUAAUAUAGCAUAUUUUACUCUAAUUUCCAUAUUAUCGCAGAUAUCCAAGGAACAUAUAAGAUCAUAGUUAAAAUGGUUUUAAAUAUAUAUGGGCAGUAUCUUUUGGUUCUUUUGUUUUUGUUUGUGGGUGAAGUAUCCCAUGUUCUGUAUAUACUUCGUCUAACCAUGCAAUCAGUAAAUUGUAUGUACCAUAUUUAUUUCACAGCUUAUCCUCCUCUGUUAAUAACCCCAUAGGAUUAUUGUGUUUUAAUGUGCUGAUGACAGUCGGAUGGAGAGAGCCCACUUUCUAUGCAGUUCACACUCUGUGGUGUCGUGUUGGUCCGUUUUGUGGUGGUUUUGUCAAAGGGAAUCGCGCCAUUUCCUCCUACGAGAUAAGUUAUGUUCAUGUCACAUGCAAGCUGUAGCUAUGUUCACUUUUUGUCCACCCCAACAAUGCAUUUUUUUUUUCUUGAACAGUUAGCGUGAAGUCACCGGUGUGGCAUUAUGUCAGAGUCCAGUUAAAAUUGCAUAAACUUGGCAGCCAAAUUUUUUCAGGAACUGUUAUAUAUUUUUGAUGUUGUUCUGUUAUUGACUUCACAUAUUCCUCCAUGUCCGUUAAUCAACAGUGCUAACUUCCCAUUAUCAAUCCAACCAGUAUAUUUAUUAUCCUUUAUGAUUUAAUUGAGACUUGGAAAAAAUGUUUUUUUUUUAUUACUGGUUUUAUUUUCUUUUUCUUUAUUUUCGGUGAGAAAUUGUGUGCGCCAAUGCAUUUUACACUACAAUAAUAAAAAAUGAACAUAAAAAAAUGCUCACCAUGGUUCCAGCGGUCACAAGCUGUCUGUUACACUUACCCAGCUCAUGCAUCUAAGUGGACUUCACUCUGCUAAUAAAUGUCCAGCCUUAAAAGCUUUUUAAAAAAAUAAAAUAAAUAAAUGUGUGUAUAUUUUACUGAAUCCAAGGUAAUGAAUUUGACAUUUUUCUAUGUUUGUACAGAAAUGAUUACGGUAAGAUUUGUCUGUAUUUUUAUAUCCUUUUUGUUGUUUUGUUUUGUUUUUUUCUGACUUAUGAAGUGUCUGCCAGUGACCAUCUCUGAGACAGUGAUUCUCCUACCUUUUUUAGUAUCAACAAAUCUGAAUCAAACAUCUUCAACAAAUAAAUUUAUCUGGAAUCUUC